AUGUUUCUUCUUUUUUCAUUCUCUCUCUCCCACUCUCUCUCUCUCAUUCUCAUUCUCACUCUCUCUUUCACUCUCUCUCUCUCAUUCUUUCUCUCACUUUCUCUCUUUCACUCUCUCUUCAACUCUCUCACUCACUCAUUCGCGUCUAUUCUUAUUUUCCUCUCGCUUUUCCCCCUGCGUUAUAUUUUUCUAUUUACCUCUUGCUCAAAAUUCUCCUCUUAUCUUGUUUCUCUCUCUGUCCCUCCCUUCCUCCAUCUCUUUCACUUACUUUCUCUCAUUCUCUCUCUCUCUCUCUCUCUCUCUCUCUCUCUCUCACUCACUCACUCAUUCGCUUCUCAUCUUAUUUUCCUCUCGCUUUUCCUCCUCCGUUAUAUUUUUCCCUUUGCCUCUCGCUCAACAUUCUCCUCUUACCUUGUUUCUCUCUCUGUCGCUCUCUCCAUCUCUAUCACUUAUUCUCUCUCUCUCAUUCUCUCUCUCUCAUUCUCUCUCUCUCAUUCUCUCUCUCUCUCUCUCUCUCACUCGCUUCUCAUCUUAUUUUCCACCCGCUUUUCCUCCUCUAUCCCACAUACCCACUUUAUAUCUAUCUACCUAUCUAUCUAUUUAGCUAGGUAUCUAAAUCCCAUUCUCUUUAUCUAUCUAGGUAUGUACCUAUCAACCUCACUCUGUUCAUAUCUAUCUAUCUAUCUAUCCAUCCAUCUAUCUAUCUAUCUAUCUAUCUGUCCGUUCAUUAUCCAUCAUAUCCCAGUCUGUUAUUAUAUCUAUAUAUGUAUGUAUGCAUAUUUUGUUAUCUAUCUAUCUAUCCAUCUAUCUAUCUAUCCAUCUAUCUAUCUAUCUCCAGUCUGUUCAUUAUCUAUCCUAUCUAUCUAUCCAUCUAUCUAUCUAUCUAUCUAUCUAUCUAUCUAUCUAUCUAUCUCAGUUCAUUAUCUAUCUAUCUAUCUAUUCAUCUAUCUAUCUAUCUAUCUAUCUAUGCCUGUUCAUAUAUAUCUAUAUCUAUCUAUCUAUCUCAGUCUGUUCAUUAUCUAUCUAUCUAUCUCAGUCUGUUCAUUAUCUAUCUACCUAUAUGUAUGUAUGCAUAUUUUGUUAUCUAUCUAUCUAUCUAUCUAUCUAUCUAUCUAUCUAUCUAUCUAUCUCAGUCUGUUCAUUAUCUAUCUAUCUAUCUAUCUAUCUAUCUAUCUAUCUAUCUAUCUGUUCAUUAUCUAUCUAUCUAUCUAUAUUAUGCCUGUUCAUAUCUAUCUAUCUAUCUAUCUAAAUCUAGAAAUCUAUUAUAUCUAUCUAUCUCUGUUCAUUAUCUAUCUAUCUAUCCAUCUAUCUAUCUAUCUAUCUAUCUAUCUAUCUAUCCAUGCCUGUUUAUCUAGGAAUCUAUAUAUCUAUCUAUCUAUCUCAGUCUGUUCAUUAUAUCUAUCUAUCUCAGUCUGUUCAUUAUCCAUCUACCUAUAUGUAUGUAUGCAUAGUUAUCUAUCUAUCGAUCUAUCUAUCUAUCUAUCCAAAUCCAUCUAUCUAUCUAUCUCAGUCUGUUCAUUAUCCUAUCUAUCUAUCUAUCUAUCUAAUCUAUCUAUCUAUCUAUCUCAGUCUGUUCAUUAUCUAUCUAUCAAUGAAUGCCUGUUCAUAAUCUAUCUAUUAUCUAUCUAUCUAUCUAAUCUAUCUAUCCAGUCUGUUCAUUAUCUAUCUAUCUAUCAUAUAUCUAUCUAUCCAAUCUAUCUGUUCAUUAUCUAUCCAUCCAUCUAUCUAUCUAAUCUCAGUCUGUUCAUUAUCCAUCUAUCUAAUCAACAUCCAUCCAUGCCAAAUCCAUCCAUCUAUCUAUCUAUCCAUCCAUCUAUCCAUUAUGUUAAUCUAUCUAUCCAUUCGAAGGUCUGUCCAUUAUCCAUCCAUCUAUCCAUCCAUCUAUCUAUCCAUCUCAGUCUGUUCAUUAUCCAUCCAUCCAUCCAUCCAUCUAUCUAUCCAUCCAUCCAUCUAUCCAUCCCAGUCUGUUCAUUAUCCAUCCUAUCUAUCUAUCCAUCCAUCCAUCCAUCCAUCCAUCUCAUCUGUUCAUUAUCAUCUAAUCUAUCUAUCUAUCUAUCUAUCUAUCUAUCUAUCUAUCUCAGUCUGACAUCAUCUAUCUAUCUCAAUUAUCUAUCUAUCUAUCUAUCUAUCUAUCUAUCUAUCUAUCUAUCUAUCUCAGUCUGUUCAUUAUCUAUCUAUCUAUCUAUCUAUCUAUCUAUCUAUCUAUCUAUCUCAGUCUGUUCAUUAUCUAUCCAUCCAUUAUCUAUCUAUCUAUCUAUCUAUCUAUCUAUCUAUCUAUCUAUCUCAGUCUGUUCAUUAUCUAUCUAUCUAUCUAUUCAUCUAUCUAUCUAUCUAUCUAUCUAUCUAUCUAUCUCAGUCUGUUCAUUAUUAUCUAUCUAUCUAUCUAUCUAUUCAUCUAUCUAUCUAUCUAUCUAA